UGUCGGCGGUAGGCAUGUGGCUUUGAUCUUAUGGAUUCAAACUUUUUGAAUCUGUAUCAACGUUGUUUUUGCUACAUUCACCAGUGUUUCAUAUCGAUAUUGGGUGUACUUGUUAUGACAUCGCAAAGGUAAGAUAGGCGAAAGCAGGCCUUUGGACUGUACCAUACUUAGGUCCGACGUGUAUGUUUUUGUUCAACUGUGUAACUGUGGGAUUUCCUUUGAUGGAUAAUACUGGUGCGGCCUUUCACCUUGCGACCAACUUGUGUUCGGUUUGGAUUUUUACCCUGUUCGUGUGAAAAAGCUGGAUUUAUUUGUUCAUUUGCUAUUCCUCGGAUUGCUUCAGAGAAAUUGAUCAUUGAUGUGGUGCUAAAAGGACUGUAGAGGACAACCUGCAAGUUAGGCUGACUCUAGUCGGAGGGAUGUCGCCUUGUCGACGAUGACUAGCAAAGUCUAUGAGUUUCUCAAUGAUUCCGGGGGGAACAACUUCACUGAAACAUCGCAGCGCCCACCUGUGCCGGGUGAGGAGAACGAACUCCAGUCCAAUGGAGGUAUGUCCACGCAGAGCAGUGGCUCCCACAAGAGUCAUGUGUCUACCAAGAGCACCAGAAGCCAGUCGUCCAACAAGAGUGCCAAAAGCACCAAGAGUGCUGCGUCUAAGAAAGGGGAGCUAACUCAUUCACCUGCCGCGACCCCGCGCAAGUCGAAUCUGGAUAAGACAAACGGGUCUUUAAAAUGCUCCUCCCUUAAGCUGGACAAUGAUGACAUGGAUGCCCCGCUGGGGUUUGAGCCUGAGGGCAGUGCGGCCAGUUCGCCUCCGUUCACGGAGAACAGCACCCCACCCCACCUGAAGUGGGCGGAGAACAUCUCUCACCUGCUCAACGACAGCGAGGGGGUGGACCUCUUCAAGGAGUACCUCAAGAAGGAGCAUGGCGGUUACACCGAGGUGCUGUUCUGGUUUGCGUGCCAGGGCCUCAAGCAGACGUGUAACCCAGACGAUGUGCCCGGGAUAAUCAAGGCCAUUUUCAAGGGUUUCAUUCGCAGUGAUAAAAUACCGUGUCUUAAUGCUAGUACAAAGCGCAAGAUUGUCGACAGUUUUUCUCGUAAGGAGGGAAUAGACCGAAGUAUUUUCGAUUCCGCCCAGGCAGAAGUGGAAAAGUUUAUGCGCAGUGUGACAUAUCCUGCAUUUCUCAAUUCGGAUUUCUAUGUGCAAUAUGUGCAGACAUACAGCGACAGUCCAAAGUCGAGUCAUUCGAGUGGAUCUAACAGUGCCCGGCCGGUGUCACAGUCGGGGCCCCUCCCUUCGCUGCCGGAGGAUAAAGAACUUGAUACUAGCAUACCAAAGACUUUGAUGGGGCCGCCACUUGUCAACAAGGUUCCUGGUCACAAGUUUUCUCGCUACCGUGGCACGCGGAGGCCCGAGACCUACACAGGGAAUAUGUAUUACACCCCUAAGAAGGACCCAUCGUACCCGACACACAUAUCGUAUGCACCAGCGUCGGCCCAAGACAGCGAGCUGCAGAGCUUGUCGAGCGACGCACUCACCGACGAUACCAUGUCGGUGGCCGACAGUAGUAUAGAUAUACCUCAUUACAACUGGAAGAGACAUAAAAAGAACAUCAAGUCCCUGGCCCAGCAGAACCGGGAGACCUACUCAUCUCUUCACUCACAGUUUAUUCCACGGACGGAAAGAGCACCAAAGGAUCGCAAUAUUGCUGAAACUGAUCCGAAACGAUUUGCAUGUCUUCUUAUCGAAAAGUUGGAGAAAGUGAAGGAAAAACUAGAGGCCGAAGCAAAAAUGGAAGAAAAGCUGAGAUCACUGAAUGAAAGUGAGUGUACGGAGGAGAACGUUUCCAUGACGACCUCAUUUUCCCACAAGAACACAACGGCUACCUCCAUCAUGCCCAUCAUGUCAACAUCGGCCAUUGAGGAGGAGACGGCUGAGAGUAUCCUCGACCAGCACUGCUCCCGCAUCUGGGCCAACUCGAACCACCACACGCCGAGCCGAUCACCUGGCAGACACUCGCCACAAAGCAAGUCGCCUGACCGGCUGUGUCGCAAGCUCCAGUCCCAGACCCUGCCUGUAGUGGCAUCGGCAGGGGGCCACUCACGUCGCAAGCGCGUCACCAAAGACUUUGUGUCCUCGUUGUCCUGUGAUAGUGGCGUGGGUGAGGACAAGUGCGAGAUGGAGACCCACCGUCACAUCCACCAUCACCACCACCACCACCACCCCUCCGGGAUCCGCACCCAGCAGCAGAUCGAGAUCGAGGCGCAGAACUUGACAAUGGGCUACUGGGUGGGGGACAAGCCACCGGGCAGUGCCUCGCGCAGUUUCUCCGAGGCAUACACUGCUGGUGAUCGUGGAAGGACUAGUAAAAAGGCAUCGGCCCGUAAAGGGUCUGAUACCAGUAGUUAUGUAGACAGUGGCAUCAGCAGUGUGGCACUGGACAAGGACUCUAUACCCCGCAUGCCGAACUGGAACGAUCCAGCCAGCGAGAAGGUUAUGCAAUGGAUGAUGGACAGUGAGCGGGUACAGGAAGUGAGCGCCACCUAUGGCGAGUCUUCAGAGAAGAGUUCAACCCACAAGCGGUCACACCGAGAAAGACUGAGCGUGUCUGUAGGGCCAACCAUGCAACCACAUAAACAGAGUUCCAAGAAAACGGGUGCUUUUAGUGCUAGUCGUCCCACAUCGGUGGAGCGGGCGAGUAUCAUGCCCUUCCAGCCAAUGGGAGCCAGUCAGAUUCAGCCGAACCAGCCAUUUGCCCAGGACCCCUCGAUGCCUCUCCCACCUCCCCCCAACCCCAUCACCCAGAUAGAAGAGGCAAGACGAAGAGUGGCCAACAUGGCCGAUGAGUCACGGUCAGCUUCUAUCACGCCAGGACCGGUCAAAUCAAAAUCAUUCACUGGUGUCCCGAGCCGUGAGAAGAACAAGGCAACAACGACGACCUUGAGUUCAUCACAGAUGCGUACCAUGCCGUCUGCUCGCACAAUUCCCAGUGACCUUGACAUGUCAGCAGGGAGCCAGACUUUCGAUCGGUCCAAGGUUGCUAAGAAACCUUCCACCGGUGUCGCAUCGAACAACACCUCCAUGAACACCACAGGCUCAUCGUCUAUCACCGACGGCAACCAGACGAUUGUCGGGAUUUACUUCGGGCAGGAACCCAUCCCAUACCGUCACGUUAUUACAGGCCGAACAGUCACCCUCGGCAUGUUCAAGACACUAAUUACCAAAAAAGGAAGCUUCAAGUACUUCUUCAAGCGGGACAGUGAUGAGUUUGGUGAGGGUGCUGUGUUUGAGGAGAUCACCGACGAUAGUGCUGUACUGCCCAUGUGGCAAGAUAAGGUCGUCGCCAAGGUCGAGAAGAUGGACUGAAGUGCUGGGCAUUUUUUCUCUCUUGCACAUCAAGAAAUAGUGAGAUGCUGUCCACAGCAAGAAAUAAGCUGCUUACCUUGGCUUGGCCUAAUUUCGAACCAUCAUCAUAGGCAUCCGCCAUUCACACAGGAUUGUGUCUGGUGAGCCAAGGUAUUUCAGCUGAUCUUGGUGUCAGUGGAAUAUAUCACAUAUUGUGAUACCCAGGGACGAAAAGACAUAACCAGACUCUGGGGACGAAGGAACAAAAUGUUUUUGGUAUUUCUGUUCGAAGAUACAUGGCAUUUCCAGGUUGUGGAUGGAAACGUGGAGAUAUUACGGUGUUCACAUCCAAAGGACGCACAGUUUUCAGAUGUGUCCCAAACCUCAAAAGAAAAGGUUGUGACUGUGUAAUAGUGUUUUAUGGUGUGGUAUGGAUGCCGUUGUUUCGAUGCUGUUGUUAUGACCACUGUGUUUCUCCACAUGAUUCGACGGAAGAGCAAAUCAUGACGGAAUUGUAUGCAACAAAAACAAGUCGACGAAACUGGACCAUUAUAGUGCCAGAAUCCGAGACUAAUUUUUUUUAAUAAAAGUGUUCACAGCAUAGAAAUAACGUUUUUUUAUCACCUAUGUACCCACUUUGUAACUUGACAUAUUUUUUAAAACAUGGUGGAACAUUUUGUCAAGCAUUGAUGUUUGGCAUUUGAUGAUACUACUUGUGGAAAGAUAUAUUCAUGAGGGUGCUGCGCUCUGUGUUUUACGAUUUCGUUCGACGUAGUCAAAGACAUGAAAGCACAGAGCUGGUUGUGUACAAAACUGUAUAUAGUUGUCUAUUAUUGGAACAUUUAUUUUAUUGCCUCAGGGGAAGUCACUGGAUCAGUGUUCAGAUGACUUAUUUCAAUCACUUUUUUUGCUCUUGUUUUUUUUUUAAUGUUUUUUAUUUUUUUAACUUAAAACAUUUCAUAUCUAGCAUGGAUUUGACAGCUUCCAUAUUUACAGAGAACGAGAAUGCUAAAUACUUCAAACCUAUUUUUAUUUGAUGUUAUUUUUAUAAGUUAAGAUUUGUAAAAUUUUAGUGCAUAUUUUUAUUACCAAACAGUUGCAGUUGCAUAAUUUUUAAUUUCAGUAUUUGUUGACUUCUGUACCAAGAUUUCUUUUCUAUCAAAGUUGAACAAAUUGUCAAGACUUUGUGUACUAAAAUGUUAAUUUUAUUACUAAGAAAAAUAGUGAAAGGUUCAUCAAUAAUAGAGGUAUGUGAUAACCUUGUUUCCAAGGGAGAUAAUUAUCAUUUUAAAACUAUUGCCUGGAAGCUGUUAAAUGCUUGGGACUAAUUAUUUUCACCUUCAUCAGUGUAUGUGGCAGUUGAGUGAGUUGUCAUGGCAACAGACUACAGGGUAUCUGCCAAAUAUCUUCAUUCAUAGAACAUAUCAGAAUGUAACAAGAUGCAUCUUUUUUACUGUAGACCCAGAAAUGUUAACACUCAAAUCAUAAUAAUAAUUUUAAAAGAACUAUUAUAGUAUUAAUACAAAACAAAUGUAAGUGUGGGUGGAUGGGUUUGUGUGUGUGAAUGGGGAUGUGGUGUGUGAUAUCCAGUUCAGAAAGCAGGGAACAUUUUGUGUUUAAAAAAUUUGACUGGUAAUUGUUUGUGAUGUGUUGAAAAUUGAGAAGCAACUAUAAUUUAAUGUUUUAGAACUGUGUAGCAAUCUCUGAAAUUUGCAUAGCGAAUCGUGACAUGAUAUUAAACAAAAUGAUCUGUAAAGUUGUCAAUUUAAUUUUCAUCAUACAUUGUUUUAACUUUGAAUUAAGUUAAAUAUCUUGCAGAGGAUACUUUAAAUCCUAGAUAAAAACAUCCUGAUGAUUUGUGUCAGAUUUGAGUGCUACCGGAAAGAUAUGUGUCCUUUUUCUUUGUUGAAAAGCUCAGCAACUCAACUUUCAAGACCCUGAGAAGGUUUCUACAUUUUUUAUCCAAUGUUAUUUCCUCGUGUGCUCAAUGUCAUCAAAGUAAAGAGCCGACAUGUGCUGUUCAGCUUUCUCUCCGAUUUCAGAUUUUUUGUGUAAAAUAAUUUUUGAUCUGAAAAGCUAACCAAAUAUCUUUGUUGAGGUUUCAGCUUCUAUAAAGUGACAGACCCUGUUUUCAAAACAUGACGACAUUUUUUUACUAUUUUUGUUAACAAAAAAACCCCAUUACUUGUAUUUUAGUGUUCAGAUUUUCCAUACAUACAUCCAAAAUGUUUUUGGGCUUCCUAAUGUUUGUAAUACCAGGAAAUGCAUUUUUUAUCAUUCUAAAAACAAACAUACCUCUGAGAAGUAACUGUUAUGGAGAAUAGCUCUAGUCUAUUUUUAGAGGGCAUUACCCCAUUUAACGUCACAGACUCAAGUUUAAUUCUAUUGUAACUUUAUCCACAUGUGUUACAGAUUUGUAGAUUAACCAAACUUAGUGUCCAUUUUCACAGGUUAAAACUACGGUCUGCACCUUUAAAAUCAUAUCAGCUUUCAAAAAACAAAUUGGUAUCACAUCCCUAAAAGAGUAAAAUAUACCAAAGAAUUUAUGUUUCUUUUUUAUAAACCGGCAUUCAGAUACCUUAAGAUAUUUCUUGAACUGGAUUCUUUGUAAUAAUAAUGAUACUUGUGAUGUUAUUGCAAUGAAACCUAGUGUUUCCAUAUAUAUGUACAACUGUACAUUCCUGGGUCUACAGUAACAUUUCAUAACCAACAUGACAUGCUAAUCUGUCCUUGAUAACAAGUACUGUAUUUGAUAUGAUAAGUGCACAACAAUUGUAAACUAAUUCCCUCCAAAUGUAAAAAACAACAACAUUGUUUUCAAACCAAAGAUUUAUAAUGCUAUUACAACUUGGAAUGAGUUAAAUUGACACUAUUGAAGAAAACCCUUAAACCCCUCCAAAAUAAAACAUGAAUAAAAAAUAAAAACUUAAUGAUUUCGGUAUUAAUUUGUGUUACUGUAACACACAUGGUUAUCCACUUGUUAUUAAGAGUAUAGCAUAUAUUCAGUUUAAAAAAAUUUAAUAGAGUUUUUAAUUGUUUUUAAAUUAACUAGUGUUAUAUAAAACAUGCGUCCAUAGUUUGUUUUUACAACAUUAAGGUAUAAAUUGUAAUGUUGUGCAUUUAUUAGGUCACAUUUCGUGAAUGCCAUGUUGGGCGGGUAUACGGGUGGGGUGAGAUACAAACUGUAUGUUACAAGCGGUUCAUAAUGUUUGUACAUGCAAAAGAGCCUCUUGCAUGAAGCACCUUUUAAUAAGAUGUUGUGCAGAAAAUAUCGCAUUAUAUUGUCAGGAUUCGUUUUUUUUUUUUUUUCAGCCUCCAAAUAAAAAUUGACAAUGAU